AUUGUCAAGAACGCUUGUGGAAACAACCCGCCAUGCCUCAACAACGCGAUUUGUCAGUCAGGAUUUACAGACAAAGGAUAUCGAUGUUUGUGCUAUCCUGGAUUCAAAGGCGAAUACUGCGACAAAGAUAUUAACGAAUGCUCUUCAGCGGCGCCAUACUGUAGUGCUGAUGCUACUUGCCACAAUACCAUAGGUUCAUACCAAUGCAGAUGUAAGCAAGGAUUUUCAGGAGACGGAAAGGAAUGCAAAGACAUCGAUGAGUGUGCUAUAGGAACCUAUGAUUGCAGUUCUGACGCCAUCUGCAUUAACACCAAGGGUUCAUUCAACUGCACGUGCAAAACUGGAUUCUAUGGAGACGGAAAGAAUUGUAGCAUAGGUGAUCAUUGUUAUUGCAUUCACGAUUUUAUCGAUGAAGCAGUUUGCAAGGAAAGUAAUUACUGUGGUGUUUAAUGCUAUUUUUUUUUCUUUUACCAUCUUGAAACCUUCUUAAACGUUUGUCUUCCUUAUCACGGGUAAGGGUUUUCAUAUGAGCCAAGUGGCCCAUCAGACCAGUGCUUACCCCCGGUUCCUGUAGCAUGGAGCGACUAGGAAUAUUUCUACUUUUCCUGAAUGGGAAGUUAGUCCAUCACAGGGUUAUUCCCCAGUAAUUGAUUCGCCGGUAUCUAUCUAAAGUGAGUAAAGUGUUUUACUCAAGAUACAACACAAUAUCCGGGGCCAGGGUUCGAACCUGGGCGACUCGUUCCGGGGUCGAGUAAUGCACUAACCAUGGGCCACCGAGCUUUCCACCUACUUUAUCUCAAAACUUAUAUAGGAAGAGCUAACCGAUCCUCUUACCUUUUAGUUCCACCUUCGUCGUGAAAGGAAAUCCAUGACAGGAACUUGUAAGUGGAAUGUCAUUUACACGUACACAUGGUGAUAUCUGUCACCGGCUGUAAUUCCUCGUUAAAAGCCAACGAAAUUCGGUGAAUCAACUGAAUGCUCUUCUCUUAGAGACAGAGGAAAAACAUCAAUUACCGAACCACCAAAGAACUCUCACAACAGUAAAGUUGUCGGAUAUAUGGGUACAUUAAUAAAUGUCGGGCGUGAAUGUUACCGAGUCUGAGAAAUUCAUCAGUCUCUUUUUUUGUUUUGUUUUGUUUUGUUUCUUUUCUUUUCUUUUUUUUUUUUUAA